AUGGCUAUGAUUAGAGUCCCAAAACAAGGUCUCUUGGUCCGGUCCCCUGCCCAGUUGCUUGUUCAAGCUAAUCAUAUCCACUCGCGACAAUUACAAAAGCAAAACAUCCCUCGUUUCUGGCUCGCAGCCGCCUGGCUGUUCGUCUCCGCCCCUCGUCGCCGCCUCCGGCGAUCUCCGAGGUUCUCGAGGCGUCGCCGGUUCUGGGUAAGGAGAUCGCCGGAGCUCCGGGAAUCUCGCCGGAUCAUUGACGGUAAUCGAUGGAGGACUGGAAGAAGUACGAGGUCAAGGUUGUCGAGCGACGGGACUGUUAAAGCUACCGACUUUAAGAAGAUAACAACUGGAAAAAAUGACAAGGGACUUAAGCUAUAUGAUCCCGGUUAUCUCAAUACCGCACCUGUUAGGUCCUCUAUUUGCUAUAUUGAUGGAGAUGAGGGAAUCUUGCGUUACAGAGGCUACCCAAUUGAAGAGUUAGCUGAGAGUAGCUCAUUUGUUGAGGUGGCAUAUCUCUUAAUGUAUGGAAAUCUGCCUUCUCAGAGCCAGUUGGCUGAUUGGGAGUUUGCAAUUUCUCAGCACUCUGCGGUUCCACAGGGUCUUCUGGAUAUUAUACAAGCAAUGCCUCAUGAUGCUCACCCAAUGGGUGUAUUAGUCAGUGCUAUGAGUGCACUUUCUGUAUUUCAUCCAGAUGCUAAUCCUGCUCUCAGAGGCCAAGAUCUUUAUAAAUCAAAGCAAGUGAGAGACAAGCAAAUUGCUCGGAUACUGGGAAAGGCACCUACAAUUGCUGCAGCUGCAUAUCUGAGAUUGGCUGGAAGGCCUCCAGUGCUUCCUUCCAGCACCCUUUCCUAUUCUGAAAACUUCUUGUACAUGUUGGAUUCAUUGGGUGAUCGGGCCUAUAAACCUAAUCCUCGACUUGCCCGAGUGUUGGAUAUUCUUUUUAUCCUGCAUGCAGAACAUGAAAUGAACUGUUCUACAGCUGCUGCAAGGCAUCUAGCUUCAAGUGGGGUGGAUGUGUAUACUGCUCUUGCUGGAGCUGUUGGAGCUUUGUAUGGACCCCUUCAUGGUGGAGCAAAUGAGGCUGUGCUUAAAAUGCUGAAUGAGAUAGGUACAGUUGAGAAUAUUCCAGAGUUCAUUGAAGGUGUUAAAAGCAGGAAACGAAAGAUGUCAGGUUUCGGUCAUCGCGUGUAUAAAAAUUAUGAUCCUCGAGCCAAGGUCAUCAAAAAGCUAGCAGAGGAAGUCUUCUCAAUUGUUGGACAUGAUCCCCUCAUUGAGGUGGCCGUUGCACUGGAGAAAGCUGCAUUGUCAGACGAGUACUUCGUCAAAAGAAAGCUGUAUCCUAAUGUUGAUUUCUACUCUGGCUUAAUCUAUAGGGCAAUGGGAUUUCCAACGGAGUUCUUCCCUGUUUUGUUUGCAAUCCCUCGCAUGGCUGGGUAUUUAUCGCACUGGCGAGAAUCACUAGAUGAUCCUGAUAUGAAGAUCAUGAGACCACAGCAGGUCUACACGGGUGUAUGGCUUCGACACUACCAGCCACUUAGAGAGCGGAUGAUAUCAACAGAGGCUGACAAGCUGGGCCAAGUUUCUGUUUCAAAUGCAACCAGGAGGCGACUAGCUGGCUCAGGUGUCUAGGUUGAUUAGCGUUCCCGGUGAGUGUACAAUAAAACAAUAAAGUGAAUAAGCAUCUUUGGUUCUUUUAGUAAUGGCAGACAGAUGUCGAAGAUGCAACGAGUUAUGCCAUAUCUUUCUUCAGUUGGAUGAGUAAUAUAAAAUGUAUCGAGAAGCUAUGUUAAUGACGUACACAUGAGGUACAAUAAUGUACGUGAUCUGCAAGCCAUCCUGUAUCCCAGAAACAAUUUGAAGUUUCACUAUUAUGAUUUUGUUGACUGAAAAUGUUUCUGGAAUCAUUCUUUUUAAUCCGUUGUAUGCGUGCAAAAGAUAAAAGAGUGUAGAAGAAAUGAGAGUGUUAUUAUGAGUUCGCGGA